AUGCAUCACUACUGCUCAACCUCGUACGGCAUUGCCGCCAGCGUAGGUGUACUCUCACACGUCUUCUACUUUGUCCGAGGUGAACAUCAUCAGCAUACUCUACAGUGCCUUCAGAUCCUUUUCUAUGGCUUCCUUCCCUUAUCCUUCAUCCUCGCCCGACUCCUGCAGAUACAUUAUGCCCAAGCCGUGCAGUUGGGCGCUAUGGUUAUCGUGUCCUAUCUUUCUGCACUGUGGACGAGCAUGCUGAUCUACCGAUCUUUCUUCCAUCGCCUCAAUUCCUUUCCGGGACCUCGACUAGCAAAGCUUUCGAAGUUUUAUCAAUUUUUCACGGGUUUGAGGUUGGAUGCAUUUCGCAGAUCGCAUCAAGCACAUCAGAAGUAUGGCAACUUCGUGAGGACUGGACCCAACGAGCUUUCGGUCAUCUCCCCGGGUGCGCCCGUUGCUAUCCUGGGACCUCGAUCACCGUGCAUAAGGUCGCCCUGGUAUGACUACGCUCUCUAUCAGUCCAUCGAAUCCCUUCACAGCACCCGAGAUGUUGAAGCGCAUGAGGCGCGAAGAAGAGUCUGGGACCAUGGAUUUAGCGUCAAAGCGCUACGAGACUACGAGGGUCGCGUCACGAACUACACCCAUGAGCUGAUUGAGAAGAUUUCGAAUUUCGGCGGCAACACGAUGAACGCGUCAGCAUGGUUCAACUACUGGUCCUUCGACGUCAUGGGCGAUUUCGCCUUCGGGAAAAGCUUCAACAUGCUCAAGACUGGGAAGAAUCACUUUGCCAUCGACUGGUUGGAAAGCUCCAUGUUCCUUCUCGGCCUUUUCUCACCAAUCCCUUGGGCGGUACCCGUGGGUGCGAUCGCGCCGGUUGUGGGAACGUGUUUCAGGCGAUUCAUCCGCUGGUGCAAUGAACAGGUCGACGAGCGCCGGGAUGUCAAGACUACUGUGCCCGACAUCACGUCUUGGCUGCUCAAGACCGCUCAAGACAAGAAUGACAUCGAAGCCACCAAAUGGUUGCAUGGAGACUCUCGAUUGCUCAUCGUGGCCGGCAGUGACACCGUUGCCAUCGUGCUCACGCACAUCUUCUACUACCUCGCCAGAGACCCCACGCACGUCCGGAAACUGCGCCAAGAACUGGACCCCCUGAUGCGAUCAGACGAGCCCUUCAACGUCCGAAUGGUGCAGAACGCGAAGCACCUGAACGGCGUCAUCAACGAGGCCUUGAGACUGCAUCCGCCAACCCCUUCCGGAGGAUUCCGCACCACGCCACCCCAAGGCAUUACGGUAGAUGGGGUCUUCAUCCCGGGCGGAGUCAAUCUCAAUGUGCCAAUCUACGCCCUGGGGCGCUCGAGAGAGUGCUUCGUCCGCCCCGACGACUUCGUGCCCGAGAGGUGGUACUCGGAGCCUGAGCUCAUCCUCAAUAGAAGUGGCUUUGCUCCUUUUUCGCUCGGCCCAUACGGCUGCAUCGGCAAAGAACUAGCCAAGAUGGAAAUGAGGACCGUGGUCCCGCUCCUCAUCUCCCGCUUCGACGUCAGGCUCGCCCCCGGAGAGGACGGGAGCGGCUUGCUGGAGAAGAGUCGAGACGCAUUCACGCUGCGGAUGGAGGAGUUGAGGGUGGUCUUUGACGAACGAAAGAGGGGCUGA